CCGGAAGGUAUUCUGGGAACUUACUUUUCAAUAGCUCCCCUCCCCCCCCCCAUUCGUUUUCAUUGGCUCCCAUGGCAAGGACCCAGGCAUCCAGGCAUCUAGGCAAUGGACCCCCAGGGCAUCUGGAAGGCAUUUCCCAAGCGAAAGAAAAUUCGUGCAGAUCCACCAUCAAAAGCACUUGCAAAGAUUCCCAAACGGGAGGCGGGAGAAGCUGGAGAAUGGCUGAGUUCCCUGAGGGCUCACAUUAUGCCCACUGGCAUUGGACGAGCCCGGGCGGAGCUCUUUGAGAAGCAGAUUAUCCAUCAUGGUGGCCAGAUAUGCUCUGCCCAGGCCCCAGGAGUCACGCACAUUGUGGUGGAUGAAAAUAUGGACUGUGAGCGGGCUCUCCGGCUCCUCAGACUGCCCCAGCUUCCUCCCAGUGCUCAACUGGUGAAGUCAGCCUGGCUGAGCUCGUGCCUGCAGGAGGGAAGGCUCAUGGACACAGCUGGAUUCCGUCUCUCCAUCCCCAAGAGUUCCUUGGACCAACCACAGCCCAGCAAGGCAGAUGGAGGCACCCAGGAGGCUGUAUCCAGGACAACCCUCUCUCAUCCCCCGCCUCACCCCAGAGCUGCAUCUCCUCCCCCAAAGGCAGAAAAGGCACCAAGAAGUCCAGCCCAGCUCGGCUCCGAUGACGAAACCAGUGAUGAGGAAGGGCCCCAGGUUAGCUCAGCAGAUCUGGAAGCCUUGGUCAGUGGGCACUACCCCACUCCUCCUGAGGAAGAUGGUGGGCCUGACCCAGCCCCAGAAGCCCUGGAGAAGUGGGUCUGUGCACAGCCCUCAAGCCAGAAGGCAACUAAUUACAACCAGCAUAUCACAGAGAAGCUAGAAGUACUGGCUAAAGCCUACAGUGUCCAGGGAGACAAGUGGAGGGCCCUGGGCUAUGCCAAGGCCAUCAAUGCCCUCAAGAGCUUCCACAAGCCUAUCAGCUCCUACCAGGAGGCCUGCAGCAUCCCAGGGAUUGGCAAGCGGAUGGCGGAGAAGAUUGUGGAGAUCCUAGAGAGCGGGCAUCUGCGGAAGCUAGACUACAUCAGUGACAGUGUGCCUGUCUUGGAGCUCUUCUCCAACAUCUGGGGAGCUGGGACUAAGACUGCCCAGAUGUGGUAUCAUCAGGGUUUCCGGAACCUAGAAGACAUCCGAAACCUGGGUUCACUGACCACUCAGCAGGCCAUUGGCUUGAAGCACUAUGAUGACUUCCUGGAGCGCAUGCCCAGGGAGGAGGCCGCAGACAUCGAACAGACAGUCCGGAAAUCAGCCCAGGCCUUCAAUCCUGGACUGCUGUGUGUGGCCUGUGGCUCCUACCGAAGGGGGAAGACGACCUGCGGGGACGUGGAUGUGCUCAUCACUCACCCAGACGGCCGGUCCCACCAAGGCAUCUUCAGCCGCCUCCUUGACAGCCUUCGGCAGCAAGGGUUCCUCACGGAUGACUUGGUGAGCCACGAGGAGAAUGGCCAGCAGCAGAAGUACUUGGGUGUGUGCCGGCUUCCGGGGCCCGGGCAGCGGCACCGGCGACUGGACAUUAUCGUCGUGCCCUACAGUGAGUUUGCCUGUGCCCUGCUGUACUUCACCGGCUCUGCCCACUUCAACCGGUCCAUGCGUGCUCUGGCCAAGACCAAGGGCAUGAGCCUGUCGGAGCAUGCCCUCAGCGAGGCGGUGGUCCGCAACAGCCACGGUGUCAAGGUGGGGCCUGGCCGAGCGCUGCCCACCCCCACAGAGAAGGACGUCUUCAGGCUCUUAGGCCUGCCCUACCGAGAGCCGGCUGAGCGGGACUGGUGACCCAGGGCUUGGGCAAGGGAAGCCAUGCUGGGUGAGCCGUCUCGUCUAGACACCCACCACCGCUCCGGCUUCGCCUAGCUUAGCCCUGCUCCUUCAGUCACCCGCUGUCUUUAGUGAGCCGAGCUGGGGGCUUUGGGCCUGAGGGAAAGAGCCAGCCUGACAGUGAGAGUCUGCAAGCCCCCUCCUCUGCAGUCUCCUCUACCUCACCACUGCUCCUAGUAACGCUUAAGCAGAACGGGUGGCUGGGUUCAAGCCAGUUUCCUGUGCUGAGGGCCUAGGCUUCCCUUUCAGAUCAUGAUGCUGGGAAUUGGGGAGAGGCUGGGGGGUGGGGUGGAGCAGCUGUGGGUUUAGCAUCUUUCUAGACCCUUCACAGUAGGAGGAAGCCAUGCGGACUCCCUCACCCACGCACUUCCUGUGCAGCUGGAGCUGCUGGGGAUGCCCUGCACUCUGUGAGGACUGCUCCUGAAGGCCCUGGGGCCUACUAAAGACUUUUGACAUUCA